GCGGAGACAAAGACACCCACGGGAACAAAGAGGGCACCAGGGUGACAGGCACACAGUGUCCGUCUCCUGGCCCCAGGAUGGCCCUUCCCCGGGGCAGGGACGUGUGAUGCUCAGAGAUGACAGCAGCCAUGUGGUUCUUCGUCGGGCUCACGGGAUUGCUGGCGACCACCCUCACAGGUCUCCCAUCUCCAGCCCCGGCUGACAAACACAGUACCAGCAGGGCUGAAAACAGGCUUCUGAAGGCAGGGAAGCCAGGGGAGCUGGAGGUCCGCCUGGUGAAUGGGAGCAGCAGCUGCAGCGGGACGGUGGAAGUCCAACUCAGGGGGACCUGGAAGCCCGCCUGCGGGGCACUCUGGAACUUCCAGGCCGCCCAGGCCGUGUGCCAGGCCCUGGGCUGUGGCAUGGCAGAGACCCCUGCCCAGCCUGUAUCGCCCACCCCAGAGCUGCAGCCUGUGCCCACUGCGGCGAACACCAGCGGGCCCCUCAACAGCACACGGCCGCUGGCACCUGCCAUCGUGUGCAACGGAAGCGGCUGGCAGCUGUGCAAGGUCCUGGACCAGCACCAGGAGUGCAGUAGCGAAGGGAGGCCCGCCUGGGUCACCUGUACAGAAAACAGGGCCCUGCGAUUGGCUGACGGUGGCAGCCGCUGCGCUGGCCGGGUGGAGAUGCUGGAGCGCGGCCGGUGGGGUACCCUGUGCGAUGAUGCGUGGGACCUGGAAGAUGCCAACGUGGUGUGCCAGCAACUCCAGUGCGGCCUCGCCGUCCAGGCCCUGCCCGGCCUGCACUUCGCCCCGGGCCGAGGGCCCAUCCACCGCGACCAGGUGAACUGCAGCGGGGCGGAGGCCCAUCUGUGGGACUGCCCCGGGCUGUCGGGAGACCUGUACUGCGGGCACAAGGAGGACGCAGGUGUGGUGUGUUCAGAACAUCAGUCCUGGCGCCUGACCGGGGGCAUUGACCCCUGUGAGGGACAGGUGGAGGUGUACUUCCGAAGGGUCUGGAGCACCGUGUGUGACAGCGAGUGGUACCAACCAGAGGCCCAGGUGCUCUGCCGGGCUUUGGGCUGCGGGGAUGUGGUAAACUGGCCCAAGGGGCAGCCCCACAACCUGGAGGGCAAGAUGUCCUACUCAUGUACAGGAGAAGAGCCUACUCUUUCCGAAUGUUCCUGGUGGUUUAACAACUCCAACCUCUGCAAACAGUCGCUGGCAGCCAGGGUCCUCUGCUCAGGCUCCCGGAAACAGCAGCAUCCGUCUACUUCUGAUGGCCCUGCGAGUAUUCAGCCAGUCACUAUAGAAUCUUCUGUGACAGUGAAAAUGGAGGACAGUGAAUCUUGGGAGCUAAUGCUUCUCAUCUCCUGCAUCGUUCUGGGAGUGCUCCUCCUUGGUGCAGUCAUCUCCAUAAUCAUCCUCCUCUUGAAAGUCAAAGGAAAAUACGCACUCCCUGUAACCGAGAACCACCAGCAGUCUCCCUCCACCACCCCAGCGGGGCUCAAUAGUUACCAAGCCGUUCCCAUCACCAUCACCAUGCCCAAAGACGAAGGUCUCAAGUUGCCUAUCCAGGUCCGGGACCCACACCCCGAGGACUCAGACUCCAGCUCGGAUUCAGAUUAUGAGCACUAUGACUUCAGUGCCCAGCCUCCUGUGGCCCUGAUCACCUUCCACAAUUCCCAGCGGCACCGGGUGACAGAGGCGGAAGCCCAGCAGAGCAGGUUCCAGAUGCCACCCUUGGAGGAAGGACUUGAAGAGCUACAUGUUUCCCACGAGCCAGCUGUGGACCCCAGACCUUACAUAGCAGACCCCCCUUCUGUGGGCCCUGGGUAUCACGCCCGGAGCCACAGUGGGUCCAGCACAUCUUCUGGGGAGAAUUACUGCAACAGCCCCAGCAGCAAGCCACCCCCGUGGGACCCCCAGAUGUUUUCUUCAGAGCAACAAUCCCCCAAUUUGGAGCUAGCAGACUCUCAGGCAACUUUUUCAGGGCCCUUCGCUGACAACAGCUCCAGCACCUCGUCGGGAGAAUGGUACCAGAACUUCCGGCCGCCCCAGCCUCUUCUGCCGGAGCAGUUGGAACAUCCAGGCUCCCUUACACCCCAGCCAGACUCCAGUGAUGAGAGUGACUACGAUGACAUCGGAGCCGCCUAGUCUGGGCCCAUCCUGGUGGCUCCAUCCCUCUCUCCUCCUGUUCUCCCUUCCUCCCCUCCCCCUUCUCUCCCACAGGCCACGGCCUCCCACAGAGAGAUGGACAGAGACUCGGCCUCCUGGCACAACUCCAAACAACGGCCCAGGAUGGAGGGCGGGACUUGAGGAUGAGCUCUGUGUCAAUCAAUGGCUGUGGAGCUCCUCAUUGGGUGAUCCUUGGGCACUUUGAUUCUGAGUCUCAGGCAGCAGCUCGGGGCAGGAACAGGCCGUCUAAGCCCUGGAUGGCUUCUGACCCUGUCACCUGGCCAUGUUGUACAGGACUCGGACUCCAGCCUUGAAUCAUACUGGUCUCUCUACACCUGACAGGGGACAUGAACUUCCUGGGCUCUGACAGCUCCCAGCAAGCAGGGUGACCUGUGACCCCACCCCACGCCCAUCCCCAACUGAGGAGCGGG